CGAAAACACAUGCGAUUGAAAACCUGGGUUAUUUAUUCUAUUAUUACAACUUCAAUCUUCAUCCGAACGAUUUUAUCAUCCACCUAGUUUGAUUCCCCAUCGCUUCCUGCAUCUUUUGAUAUCCUUUAGACUAUCCCUUUUCGCAAUCCUGUGUUGCAGAUUACGGUUAGGGUAGUUACUUUUCCUUCAUCACCAAGAUGCCGCGAACUAGAUCAUCUUUCAGGGAUUACACUCAAUCUACCACCAUACCAGCCCCUCUACGAAGUGGUCCUUCAUCUUCAUCUGCAAAUACCUCAGUAACUUCCUCGGAGACCAGCGUUUUGUCCGAUAAUGAAUCAGAUGAUGAUACAACCUGUCAUUGUCCCUUUGAUGGUUUUGAAGGCUGCCAAGACUGUGUAGAUGGCAGGGGAUAUGCAAAAAAUUCCAUUUUCAGGCACAUACAAGACCAACACUUCUCCAUUACCAACGGGUUAACCAUCUGCAAAGAAUUAAUUUGUCAAAACCUUCGUGUUUAUCAUGCAUGGGAAAAGCUUUUGAGGCACCUACAUAUGUGGUUAUGUUUUCCCUGCAUGAAAUGGUACUCUUGGAAAUGCCCGUGCAGAGAUCAUGAAGGGGGAACUUUAGCAGGUCCUUACAAUGGCAGAACAACAUCUUUUCUGAUUUACGGCGUUAACAAGUCAACCUUAUAUGGUGAUGUGUCAGCCAAUGUAUCCACUGAUUCAUCUGCUGGUACCCCUCAAGAUAAUGUUGUGGUACUUGGUGACGCCCGUGUGGUUUUAUCAGUCGACACACUCAAUUUGGUUUAUCAAAAACAGAUACCCACAGUGUCGAGUAUUCCUCCUGUCAUGGCUUCAGUUGCUCGUCUUACCUAUUUGCACUUUAAAUCUAUACUUUUCCAAGAGUUCCACAGAAGAACGAUCAGGUAACAGGAAGCGUCUCCAAACUGCAGCUAUUAAUCAGGCAUUGGCCAAAUGGUGUGAACCUACAAGGUGCCUUGCAUUGUUUGAAGAAAUCCUACAGAUGCAUAAAGACAUUCAGAAAGCAAGGAAAUCUUCGAAACCAAAGCGGAAAUCGAAUGUCGAAACCUGCAGGAAGAAGUUAAGCCAGGGACACUAUACUGCGGAGAUUCGAAUCCUUUCGUCUUGUGGAGUUGCACUCUCUGGUUUGGAAAUUUUGCAUGAACUGCAAGCCAAGCAUCCACCUGCACCCCCUAUUAUUCCUACAGAUAGUGUCAAUGCCGCACCGAUUACAGUAUCUAGCAAGGAAGUUUUGGAUGCCAUUCGAAGCUUCCCAAAGGGUACCUCCUGCGGCAGGGAUGGCCUUAGGGCUCAACACCUACUCGAUGCAUUAAGCGGACCUACAGCAGCAGUCUCCGAGGACCUGUUAAGCUCCAUGGCAGGCGUCAUUAAUCUGUGGUUAGCUGGUACAUGCCCAGCAGCUCUUGGUAAGUUUGUCGCAAGCGCCCCCUUGACACCUUUACUCAAGCCUGAUGGAGGACUUCGACCAAUUGUUGUCGGAACUAUAUGGCGAAGGCUCUGUUCUAAAUUUGCUGCCACGGCAGUAGGAAAAGAAAUGGCCAAUUAUUUGGAGAUUAUCAGUUCGGUAUGGGAGUCCCUUGUGGUGGAGAAAGCAUUCUUCAUGCUGCCAACACUCUUAUGAAACUCAAAGGUGGGUCGAGUUUUGUUAUGCUCAACCUGCCCAAUUGUAUUACAAUGAAUACACCUUAUUGUCUUCGCAUGGAGUACAACAAGGAUAUCCCCUUGGACCUCUCCUGUUCGCUUUGGUGUUGCACCCUCUAGUGUUGAAUAUUUCUUCUCCGUGCUCUUUGGACAUGCAUGCGUGGUAUCUCGAUGAUGGAACGGUCAUUGGCGACAUAUUGGAAGUGUCCAAAUCCCUUAACAUCAUACGAUAGGAAGGUGCAGAUCGUGGGUUACAUUUGAAUAUUAGGAAGACUGAAUCUUUUGGCCAUCUCCGGGCCCCAGACUUAUGAUGCAAGGUGUAUUCCCAGUUGAAAUUGGUAAGCCUGAGAAGGGAGUAAAACUACUUGGCAGCCCUUGACUGCCAAUACAGUAGUGAUUCGAUCAUGGCUAGAGUAGAUAAAACACUCCAUCUCAUGGAUUCCGUUAGGAAAUUGCAAGACCCGCAGAGAGAUCUCCUUCUCCUUCGUAAUUGCACCGGAGUUUCACGUCUAUAUUUCACCCUACGUACGACCAGUCCUCAUGUUUUAACGACAGCUGCUGAACAUUAAGACCAACACCUUAUCCAGUAUCUUCGGCACCUAGUAACUGGGAAUGGGGCCGGUUUUGGUCCACUACAGCAACGGCUUGUUACUCUGCCUAUGUCUGAAAGGGGUUAUGGUGUUUACACAAUGGAAGACGCGAGCCAUUAUUGUUUCCUUGCUUCCAACAUUCAAACACAUCAUCUGCAAAAUGCCAUUCUAGGAACCGCAGAUAAGGCGGCUCCGAGGAACACUUACCAGCAGGCUCUUGAUAGGUACAAAGAAUUCUGUGGUCUCUCAACUUUCAACUGUACUGCCCCACAUCCAAUGAAGACCUUGGAAACAUAGUACUUUGCAGUUGUCACACGAGAGAUACCAUCUCAGUUCACCUUAUCACCAAGGGACAGAACAUUACGGCAAUGUAACAAGCAACCACAUGCUCAGGAUUUCUUAAAAGCUAUUCCGAUACCAGGGCUAGGCCAGACGUUAGUUCCUCGAAAAUUCCGUGAUAUGGCGCAGUUCGAUUGAGUAUUCCAUUGUUCCCUGCAGAGUGUAGUUGUUCGUGUUGUGGGCGUGAAAUGGACAUUUACGGCGACCACGCCCUGCACUGUGCUAGCGAGGUCGGGCUAAAAUUCCGUCACGACUUGGUGCGUGAUGUGGUUCUUGACAUUUGAUAUAGAGAUGGAGUAACGGCUAGAAAAGAUCCAUCUUUGGGUUUUUCUUCCCAAUCGGACAAUGCCCUUAAACCCGUAGACAUUCUCAUUUGUAACUGGGAGAAUGAAAGAGAUACCUGCUUUGACAUCACGGGUGUUUCCCCCUUUACUGGAGGCGGAGUUCAAUGUUUUGUACAUGGAAUGGCCAUUACCGCCGCAAUUAAUCGUAAACGCAAUAUGUGGCUACUUGUACGACCCUUGGCUACAAUUUUUGCGCCUUGGCUUUCACGACUUUGGGAGAACUUGGAGAUGAUUUCA